AUGUCCCUUGUUCAGUUAUUUUUGGUAGGGAAUAUUUGUGUGCUGCCGUGGCCAGGGAUAAAUAGAGACAAUUUGGCGUCUUACAAAAUAGGUGGGGGUGUAAGUACUUCUUUUUUUUUUUUUUUUCAAUUUAUUUAUUUUUCUUACGCUGGCGGUGGGUUGGUGAUGGAGAGGUGUUUGCUUCUCUCCGCAUGGCCGACGUUGCACGAGCGGGAGGUGAAGGAGGCGAGUGAAUUUGUGCGCAGUUCCUCUGUGUCGCGUCGGGAUUCGAUGGCAUUGUCGCUGAAUCAUGCCGACGCGUUUCCCACCGCCUCCCACUCCGGCAGUCACCGGGGUUCUUUUGCCACGAUCUUGGCGACGGGAUCCCGCGCGGCAUCGCCGCACCCGCACGACCCACGCGCCACGCCACCGCCGGGCAUUCGAUGCCUCGACCUCCCGGAACACUACCACACACGCGACACUAGAAAGAAAAAAAGUGCUGUCAACGAGUACGACGAAGACGAAGACGACGGGGCCUACCGCUCGGGAAGCUGCUCGCGGUGUCUCUCUCGCGCCUCCUCCUUUAGUCUCGGCGCUGGGGGCAUGACGCCGCUGGCGUGGAAGAUGUCGUCCUCCGUGAACGGCGAAUCACCGUCCUGCCGUGCCACAGAAUCACCGUGCUCGGCGUUCGCGCAGGAGCACCUCGUGGCGACAGCCGUCAUGGAGCGGCGCGUCAAUCGGAUGGCGGGGAGCAUCUCUUUUCAGGGCAUGACCCCGAUGGAUGCAUUGCUGGCUGGGCGCCUUGCACCCCCUGACCGCCGGGAGGAGCAGCAGGAAUUGGACGAGGGCGGUGACGCGAGGGGCGCUUCGCCUCCUUUUAGGGAACGAAGUAUGGCGCCGGCGGAACUUGUCGCCGAGCGGACCGGGCGACGGCAGCCCCGUUGA